UACACUGGCACAGCACUAUCAAUAUUACUACCUUUCAAAGUCUUUACCGGCUCUGAGGUAAACUGUUCAGUUACACUUUCCUCCUACACCAGUGAGACUAAAGCUAAAUCAUGCUGGCAACCAGGACCUUGCUGUCAAAACAAACACUGGCUGCUCUCUCUCGCCAGCCUGCCUGCUUUGUUCACCAUGGUGACUAUGGCAACUGGGGGAAUACCAAUAUUGCAGUGGUUUUCUCAGGAUGUGGCUGGUGGGAUGGGACUGAUGUCCAUGAGGGAGUAUACACCAUGUACCACCUGAGCCGUAACGGUGCUCGCUUCCAGAUGUUUGCUCCGAAUCAACAGCAAAUGCAUGUGAUGGACCACAUGAGGAAGCAGCCUGGCUCUGGAGAGAACCGGAACAUGAUGACGGAGUCAGCUCGCUUCAGUCAUGGUCAGGGAAUGAUGCAAAUGCAGGACCUGUCCAAGCUGGACGUCAACAGCUUUGAUGGCGUCAUCUUCCCUGGAGGUCACGGCAUCAUCAAGAAUCUGUCCUCUUUUGUGAAGGAUGGCAAAGAUUGCAAGCUGCACAAUGAUGUGGAAAGGGUGCUUAAAGACUUCCACCGCUCACGCAAGCCUAUUGGACUGGCCAGCAUGGCUCCCAUGCUGGCCUGCCGCGUGCUGCCCAGCAUCGAGGUGACCAUGGGCUAUGAGCGGGACGACAACACUCGCUGGGGGAACUGGCCUCACACAAACAUGGUGCAGGCUGUGAAGAGUAUGGGUGCUCGCCACAAUGUCCGUGAGCCAUACGAAGCCUAUGUGGACGAGAAGAACAAAGUGGUCAGCACCCCGUCCUUCAUGUGGGAAACAGAGUAUCACUAUCACUACAUUUUUGAUGGCAUUGGAAACAUGGUCAAACAUGUCAUGCGUAUGUCAACCAAAUGAUGUGACACUUCAGCCUGGAGAAGAAAUAGAGAAAGUUGGUGUUGACGUUUGACAUACACCCCUGUACUGUGAUGCAUUCUUACCUGAAAACAUAUAAAUGCUUUAGUUAAAGAGCAAAUGGCUUGUCGUGUAUUUGAUGGUAUUGGUGAAUAUGUGACAUGAACAGUAGGUGAACCAAAUCAUCCGUAUGAGUCCAGGUGACAUCUGAGCAGUGCUGCACAUCAGAGGGGCUUACCGGUCAUUUAAUCCAUGCUUUUAACUGGGAGCAUCAUUUCUUACUCACAACAGGCAGGGAGGAAUUCACUGUCCUCACAGUGACACAUCUGCGUAACAGUGGACAAAAACACAGCUGAAAGCAUUUGAUCAAAGCUAACAUUGAACUCGGAAAUUACAGAGUCAGGUCAGCCAUUAAAUGAUUGCUGAUGAUUAAAUGAUGGUUGCUUCUGAUCUUUUUCUCACAGUUUUGCAGCCGUGCUUCAGCUUCAGGAUCAUAAACUUACACAAAACUGUACACUACACCACGUAAUUUACAAACAUAGAUUUACAAACCAAUAAGUGUUUCUUUGGUCUCAUUUAGGCUAAACUAAUGAUCUAUACCUUUCAUGUACUGUGGACAGAAACUACUGUACACAGAUUUAUUACUCUCUCAGUAUCUCUGACUAAGAUGUUAAA